CUGUUUAACUGGUUGAGUUAGCUCCUGUGAAUCUGCUGUCCUCACACUGUUAUUUAGGUUGCCGUGUGUUUCCAGCCCUUAUCGCUGCAUGCCUACUUCCUUUGCCUCGUAAUCCAGACUUUGUUGGAUGGUCACUGCUAAUCCGACCCUCUAUUUCAGGAGCACUGACUGCGUAGGUCGAUCUUGUGGCAAGCUUUGUGUAUCAUUCACAUGCAGUAGACGAUCCAGACACGUAGCCUGAAGGCUGCACUGCAACAAUGCCAGAGUCCUUCCUGGAAGUCAAGGACAUUUGCAGCAGCUCCGUUGAAUGUAGGCCAUCUCCCUUGAGACAGUUUAGCCAAUCAUCGGUGCACAGAAACUACAUUCUCAGUAUGUUCUGCACGGAGCACAAUGUGCAGGAAUGUCUAUCGCACAUCAAUCAGGAGGUGUUAUCUCUUGGCCUCCCACCGGUUUGGACGGAGUCGAGCGGCAGCUCAGAGAUGAAUGUUAUGGCUGUGCUAAAUUGCAUGUAUGACCUGAUUCAGCUGCACCGCAGGGGCCUCCGGGCCCUGGAAAACAUGGAAGUGGAACAGAUGAAGUCCAACAGCAAUGUGGACUUCUUGCAAAUCACCAACACCCAACUAAAAGAGCAGCUUGAGCUGUCCAAAAGAGAAAACACAGGACUUCUUGAGAGAGAACGACAGCUGCAUCUGAAAGUGAAGAGUUUGCAGAACUGCCUGAAAAAUGAAAAAGACGAGGUGCAAAAACUUCAGAACAUAAUUGCAAGCCGGGCCAGCCAGUACAAUCAUGAGAUGAAAAGGAAAGAAAGAGAAUUCAACAAACUGAAGGAGCGCUUGAAUCAACUUCUGGUCGACAAAAAGGAGAAGAAACCAGCCAUUGAUGUAUUGAACAACAUUGGAAGAGCUGACGGGAAGAGAAGCCUUUGGAAAACUCAAAAGACAGAAGCAAAGCAUGAGGGGGAGAUGUAUAAGACUCUGCUGAGCAACUAUGACACGCGACAAAGGGAGAUGCUGCUGGAAAAUGCAGAGUUGAAGAAAGUGUUGCAGCAGAUGAAAAAAGAAAUGUUGUCCAUUCUGAGUUCAAGGAAACCAAUGCUGAAAGAUGACAAACAUCAAGAUGAUGGCGUUCAGGCUGACUCGGAGGAGGAAGAGCAAGUGUUUGAUUCCUGUAAAGAAAGUGUAGAGCUGUAUUGUGUUCACGCCCGGGAGAAGCUGACCAACAGUAUUCGCCUCCAGUGGAGAAGACUCAAGAUCCACGUUGAAAGAUUGGACAGCCAAGCAUCUUUAGCUGAGACGGGGGAGAACAAAACCGAUGAUGCUAUAUCCAGAGAGACUCAUGAGGAGGAGAUGGACAGACUGAAGCUGGAGAUCCAGCAGUGCAAAGACUUCAUUCAAACACAACACCAGCUCCUGCAGCAGCAGCUGAGCUCUCCGUGUGAUGAGGAGACCGCAUCCCUGCUGAGCGACUGCUACAUGCUGCAGGAGAAAGAGCGCUUCAGAGAGGAGUGGAAGACCCUCGAGGAACAGAGGAAGCUCUUUGAGAGGGAGAGGAGGAACUUCACUGAAGCAGCUAUAAGGCUUAGCCAUGAGAGGAAGGCCUUCGAGGAGGAUCGAGCAAUGUGGCUCAAACAUCAGUUUUUAAACUUGAGUCCAUUUGCUGACGUGAGGAAACCACAGAUGUCAAAGUCUAAAAGCUGCUUUUUAAUAUCUAAAACAGAGUCAAGUGCAGCGUCGGGUCCAGAAAAGCUCAUCAAAUGCCAGUCUGACACAACCUCCCCCACACCCAGAUGUAUCCCCCUCACAUCACCAUCAACAGCAGACCUGUAUCGCACACUUGGCCUUAUCCCAGGAAAAAGAUCAACCAAACCAAAUGGAAAGAUUGACCAUGUUCAAGAAUCAAGCCUCUGUUUUAAUGGAAGUGUUCCAGUGCAGCAUAAACAGUGGAACGACCGUGAAGACCACAGCAGCCAAACACACCAGAGGGAAAACACCAGCUCUAUAUGAAGCCAAAAACUAUAAUUAUUAUUUUCAAACACUCUUAAACAAGAUGGACUGUAAAAUUAUUUAAAAGCUGUUAACAGUCAAAGCCAAGCAAGAGUUCUGGUUGGCUGAUGGUUUGCUGUGCUCUGUGUGACUGAGAACCUCUUCUUUCUUUUUUUUUUAUAUCUUACGGUAUUUAUUUUUAGAUUAUGUGAUAAAUGUAUUUAUUUAUAUGUGUGUUACUAUAAUUAUUGGUUUGGCAGUCAUGUCUUAUGUCUAGGAUCUUAAUCUGAGGCUAGUCUUUAAUUGAUGUUGCUUGUUACUCGUUAAUGGUCGCUGUUGCACCUAAACUUGCCUAAAUGUUGCUGUUUAUAUCUCAACUUUAGUUAUCAUGUUAAACUUGUCCACUGGCACAAUGUUUUAGAAUGUAGAUGUAAUGCUGCUGUUUCACUGAAUGCAAUAAGAAACUGGAUAAAAAAAUGAAGUAUUUUCCGAUGGUUUAUUGUAGAUAUGUGGUUAAUAACAUUGUUAUCUAGUAACUGUGUCAGAUACAUUAGUGGCAGUUGAUGUAUGAUGUAGCACCGGUUCAGAGACUACGCACCGGACUGUGAAGCAAAGUGAACGAACUGACCAAAUAAACGCGAGGCUUCACGCUACCUGGUGAGUAUUUUUCAGUUGAAAAAAUAUAUAAUAAACGACUAUGGUCACCGGUGGAAAGACGUUCAAAAUUGGUUUCAAAAGUGAAAGUUUUUUCACCGACUAUUUGAAGACGUUUGAACGUUCAAAUUUAGACCAUAUUUCACCAGGCUUUGCAAUAGAGGAUGUUUUUCAUCAUCUACAUUGUGCAAAUAAUAGCAUAUAGUCAUUUUAGCCCAUAAGAACCCAAACCCAUUUUUUCUUAAAGGAAAAUUAUAGGAGAUAUAAAACAGACUAAAUGCACUACAUGGAACACAUUUCUGAAAAUAUGUUCUGAAUGCUACCCCCUAGAGCCAAAGAUCUGACAUGUUGUAUUGAUGUCACAAUGGGCAUUUACAUAUAAAUGUAUUCCUCAUUUGAAAAUCAAUCAACUUGGACUUUUUUUUGCUUAGUAACAAAGAUAUGCCUUUUUAUUUGCAUUCCCACAACACAUAACAAAAUUAUAACUUUGCUGGUUAGGUUUAACCAAAUCCAUCAGAACUAUGUUGUAAACUUGAGAAAACAUACACAUGGAGACAAUUUCUUUCCUUGGUGAAGCAAAGACGAACAUUACAUUUUUCACAGAGGGUGGUGUUUGCAUUGACUUUGCAAAAUUUGCAACGGCCACAUUUGUCACAUUUCACAGGCCGGUGUGCCACCUGGUUAGUGCGAACAUCAUCUGGAACUCCAACAUGAAGUCUCUUGGGCGGUGGUGGUGGAGAGGUGGCAUUAAGUGUUGGGCAGUCCCUUUGUGACUGCAAAAGAAUCAGGCUAGUGGCAACCUCUGCCUGGAAGCUCCUUUGUUUCAGUGGCUUUUGGACACCAAGUAGUUUACAGUCAAGGCGAUAGAUCAACCAUGCAUUGACAAGGCCUAACACGAUGGUUUGCCAGAACAGGUAGGUACCCCCUCUGUGACCUCAUGUGGUACUUGUACCUUGCAAACCAAGCAUCAAGGAGGUCUAUUCCCCCCAUGAAUGUGUUGUACUCUUUCACAUGCGCAUCACAAAGUGAUGUACAAACAAGGAGAGGGUCAAAACAUUGUUGUUUGGCAUACAGCAACAUACAAACAUAAAGUAUUAUACUGUGUAAUAUCCCAGUGAGCAUCUUUCCGUUGAAAAGACGUUUAAAAAAACGACUAUGGUCACUGGUGAAAAGACAUUCAAAACUGGUCCAACGGUGAAUCUUUUUUACGAAUACUUUUAGUUUUAUUUACAGUUGUCUGCCUUGAAUAUAUGGCAGACCACCUGAAA